AGACAGAGACAGAGAGGGAGAGAGAGGGAGAGAGAGGGAGAGUCCAGCGUGCUGCAACAACUCAACUUGCAGUGGAGGGAGCGUAGAGGACGCAUGUGGCAAGUCGCAGCUGGUCUGUGUGUGUGUGUGUGUGUGUGUGUGUGUGUGUGUGUGUGUGUGUGUGUGUGUGUUGUGUGUGUGUGUGUGUGUGUGUCUGUGUGUGUGCAUGGAUGUAAACCCUGCUGCUCUUUCAGUGAACGCAUAGAUGAGAUGAGAGGACGUUCGGCUGGUUGAGACGGGAGAACACAGCUGGCACACAUCUUCUGGCACACUCACAGUAUCAUUCCUGCUCGACGGAUGGACGGGCUGCAGGCGGAAAAUGCUGGAGUUGGCGGCAUCGGGGAGAACGCGGAGGAAAAGUACCGCGCUCUCGCCUAUGACACUGCUCUGAGCACUUUGGUGGCAGUGGCGGUGUACGUGUUGGUGAAAGUGAGCCUGGACGGUAUCAGACAGUGGCGGGCCAGAAUCUCGGUGCUCAUCGUGGGUUCGGGACCCGUGGGGCUGACGGCCGCGCUGGUCGCUGUCCGCUCCGGGAAGGUCCUGAAACUGACCGUGCUGGACGAGAGGUACCGGACUGCUCUGCUCUGCCGGCCCCAGCAGAUCGCCCUGGAUCCCCGCAGUGUGAAGUUUCUGCUGGGACUCGGGGUGGACUUUGAUAACAUGGAGGGCUGCUGGCACAACGAACAUUUCUUCACCAGGAUAGGCGUGUUUCAGGAGUACCUGCUGAGCAUCCUGGAGCAGAAGAAACAGAAGGUGGACGUCAAGGUGCAACUCGGAACCAAGUUCACAGAGGAAUACCUGCGCCGCAUCCCACACAAUGACUGGCCGAGUGUGAUUGUGGUGGCUGAUGGGUCGUGUGGCGAGUCCUGCUCUGUGCUGGGCAUCAGCUCUGACUACACUGUGGAGUCCUGCCAUGCCUAUGGAGCGAAUGCAACUAUAGAGAGACUAGACCAGAGACAGGUACCCACUCCUGAGAUCCGCGCCCACAGCCUCUACUUUGACCUGUCCGCUUACGGAGUGGAGGCCCUCCGAGAGCACCGAAACCCAACCACCAAACCCGGCUUCCACCUGAAGAUCUAUGGCACCUUCAGGAACCGCUACAUGGCCCUGGUCUGCCCCACCUCUGACACCAAGAUGGUUCGCUUCCUCAGGCACACGGCCAACUCCUCUGUCAUGAAGAACAUUUUCCACCAGUCCUUUAACGCCUAUAAGACGGACAUAGAGCCUCGCCUCAGUGAUGUGACACUCCACCACAUGCAGUGCAGCCGCCGUCUCUUUGAGAUCCAGCUGUCACACAGACGCAUCAGUGCUGCUUACAUUGAAGGGGACAACGUGGCGGUCACUGUGGAGGGGGAGGCAGCACGUGUCCUCAACUUUGACACAGGUUGUGGGGUAAAUCUCGGUAUGCGAGGUCUGGAGUCAAUGGGGACGUUCAUUUACCGAACAGCCACCGCUGUGGACCAGAAUGAUAUUCUAGAGGCGCUGUCGGCUAAGAUGCAGCACUCCAGACAUGUGGCUGAGACCUUCAAACAGACAGGCCUGGCUGAAUCAAUGUAUGAAUGAAAUAGAAGGACGUCCCGGUGAAUGCAUAAUGCCACCUAGUGGAAAGUGGCGGUGGAUAAUUUGUGUUUACAGUGAAUGUUUACAAUGAAUCAUCAGUCUGAUGCUGAAAUGGACCACUAAUGGUUACAUGCUGAAUGGAGCUGAAUGAGCGUGAGCUGUGAACAGAUGGAUAAUGGAUGUAAACAUGUGCCCAUAAGUCUUUGUGACAUUCAGUGAGUAGAUCUACUCUUAAUCGAUGGAGCGAGAAUAAUACAGGCCACAUUUCGUCUUGUAUAUUUGGAGCUGUUCUGAUUUUCAGGUUACAAAGCUUGAUAAUACAGAGACCUGUGUCAGAAAGAGACGGAUCAUCUCUUACAGCUGAAGUGAAACAAUAUACUUUACAGUGGAUUUUGAUUUCUCCAAAGUGAAAGAAUGUACUUCUAGCUCUAAGAGACUAGUCGGGGGAAUAAAUGAAAACUGUAUGAUCUUUACCAUUUUCAUCACUGUCAUCUUUUCCUUUGAUUAGGGAAAGGAUUGACUCACUUUGUCAAAACUGAGCUUGACUGUGCUCUGUGGACAGCGCAUCAAUGAGAAAUGAGACUCUGCCAUCAUAAGCUAGGCUAAGUGAAAAAUGUAUAAAACUGUUAUUGUCCACGAUUUAACAAGGGACACACAUGUAGACAGACGAUGUAGUGAGGAGGCAGCUGCUCCAAAGUGUUAUUUUCAAGCCUUUUGUCUUUGUGUUGGCUUGACAAGGCGGUGAUAAUUGUGGCGAUGACGUGUUGAGGUAUUUGCUACAGUGGCCUAUUUUUGUGUGUGUGCCUUGUAAAUUAAUAUUUUUGGCAUAUUUCAAAAAUAGGGGACUGCAACCACAUUAUGGGCAAACUAUAUUAUCAUAAAUUCAUUUUGCUGGCACCACAUUUUCACUCUUCUUUUUAAUAUUUUGCUCCAGGUGAUCUGAAAGGACUCAAGUAUCAUCCAUGAAGUAUAAUAUUAUAAAUGAAGGAGAGUAUGUUGAUAAUAAUGUCCUGCUCCUGUUGAAGUGCCAAUAAAGACGGUCACACAUUG